UAUUUGGGAUUGCAAAGAUUCGGAGCUUUUUCAGGUGGCAUGAAGGCAUCCUGAGCGAGCCGCUGGUCAGUCAGUUUCUCCGCUGUAAACAGGCGGCGUUAGAGCGUCAAACUUCGGGUGGGUCCGGGAAAAACCCAGUGAAACUUCAGAAAGUGUAAUGCUCUGAAUGAAAUACUUUCUUCUGGCAGCAAGCAGAUCAACUCACACAUAUAAAAUGACCACCACGGAGGGCGGUUACAUACACACCUUUGGCCCAGAGCUGCCUGCCAUGUUUGAUGGUGUGAAGCUGGCGGCGGUGGCAACCAUCCUCUAUAUCAUUGUCCGCUGUCUGAACCUCAAGAGUCCCACUGCACCACCGGAGAUCAUUUACCAGGACACCCUGCUCAGUCACUACCUGCUCAAGACCUGCCCAAUGCUGACCAAAGAAUACAUUCCUCCCUUGCUGUGGGGGAAGAGCGGUCACAUCCAGACGGUGCUCUACGGGAAGAUGGGACGUGUCAACACUCCAACGCCCUGUGGGGUUCGCAUGUUCCUCCCAAUGCAGGAUGGUGCUACGGCUACCUUUGACCUCUUUGAAACUAUUGGAUCCCACACCACUGGAGAUGACAUUACCAUGGUAAUCUGUCCUGGGAUUGGUAACCACAGUGAGAAGAACUACAUCCGGACCUUUGUGGAUUACUCCCAGCGGCAGGGUUACCGCUGUGCCGUCCUCAACCACCUGGGAGCCCUGCCUAAUGUUGAGCUCACCUCGCCACGCAUGUUUACAUACGGUUGUACCUGGGAGUUUGGAGCUAUGGUGGGCUACAUAAAACGCACUUAUCCCCAGACUCUGCUGGUGGUCGUGGGGUUCAGUCUGGGAGGAAACAUCGUCUGUAAGUUCCUGGGUGAAAACCAGUCAAACCAGGACAGAGUGCUAUGCUGUGUCAGCGUCUGCCAGGGUUACAGCGCCCUCAGGGCUCAGGAAACUUUCCUUCAGUGGGACCAGUGCCGGAGGCUCUACAACUUUAUGUUGGCGGAGAAUAUGAAGAAGAUUAUUCUGUCGCACAGGGACAGUUUGCUGGCCAUGCAGUGCAGCAACAUUGGCGAUGGAGAGCUGAACAGACUGUAUGCAGCCACAUCUCUGAUGCAGAUUGAUGACAGCAUUAUGAGAAAAUUCCACGGUUAUGACUCACUGAGAGAGUACUAUGAGAAGGAGAGCUGUGUGCACUACAUCCACAAAAUCACUGUCCCACUCCUCCUGCUAAACUCCUUGGAUGACCCACUGGUUCAUCCAUCGUUACUGGCUGUUGCACGCACUCUUGCAGAGAAGAUGCCCAAUGUGAUAUUUGCCCUGACUCAACAUGGGGGCCACAUGGGUUUUUUCGAGGGAGCUGUGCUGUUCCCUCAGCCCCUCACCUGGAUGGACAAGGUCAUAGUGGAGUACACCAACGCCGUCUGCCGCUGGGAGAAGAAGCAGUCGAUCUGUCAGAGUAGCAGCGAGUAGGACAUGAACGUUUUGUAUGGGAAGCACGCAAUACCACUCUGCGAGUUGCACGUACAUACAAGUCCAGAGACAAACGCACAAAGACUGACAGCUUGCUGUACCUGCUCAGCUUCAGCACUUUUGGCCUUACAGCUACAUGAUUCUGGAACUUGUAGAUGAUUAGAGAAGGCAGCCUGAGUGGAAGUGGUUAAACCAGAUUAGAAGUAAAACCUACAGAGGUGAUCGCACAGGUGAGUGUAAUGUGAUCCCAACUAGAAGUGUUCCUUCCGCUUUUGUUCUUUUUAUCUUUCAGGUUAACAACAGUUUGCCCUCUGCUGGUUUUUGGCAGGUACUUCUUUAUUCUCUAAAGCAGGGUGUGUAAUUUGAAUUCUGCCAUAAGAAGGAAAAAAAGGUGGACUUUUUUUCAAGUUUUUCCAGAUGCUUAUUGAUCAGUGAUACAGGCCAGUGAACACUCAAGUAUUUAAUGUCUUGUUUACACAUACCUAAGAAAUAGAAUUUCAGAUAUAUCCACUAACCUGCAACAAAUAAUAUUUUAAUGAUGUUUUGGUUCUGUUCUGUUCUGAAGUUCUUUAAUUUAAAUAAGUGCAUUUUCACUAAGAGGAUGUUGCUGUUUAUUGAAGAAAAACAUCUGAUAGGAAUGUGAUUUAAUCUCUCAAAUCAGGUAAUGUUUUACAGAUAUUUUUUUGGUAGGUUUUCAUGCUCAAUUUUCUCCAGUGGACUAUCAGUCUGCAUUUAGGGUAGACAAAAACAGGCCCCACUGAACAUUUCUGGUUUGUUGAAACAUGUACUUGUAGUUCCAACCAUUCCACGAAUCAAUCAAUUUACUGUAAAGCCUCCUGGUGUAGAACUCUGGUUACCCAAUGCUUAUAAAUAACUAAUAAUUCCCAGUGUAGAAAUAAUUUAACUAGAAGUGACAGGUGUGGUGGUAUAAACAGCUGUUUACGGUAUGCUUCGAAGGUGAUAACAUUUUGAAUGCGUCUCUUCUUGGUCCCGAUUAUGUUCCAAAUACCAGGUGUGGCUUCAGUUUAAACACUGUAGUGGUUUAAUAUUAAACUUUAGCAUCAGUUACUUUUGGGGGGAGGAUGUUGUUGUUGUUGUUCAUUCAGCUGUUCAUUGCUGCCUACUGGAUGGUGGUGUUUGCAACAUAAAA